CUCUCUCACAUUCUCUCAUUGUUGCUUCUUCUUGCUGUCUGGUUUGGACUGUACUAUAAUUACCAAAAGAAUCAACUUCGUCAGGCACUAAAAGCUGAGGUUGAAAGCUCACUUCUUCUGAGACGAAAAAUGAAACCGAUUAUAUAAAUCAUCGAUCUUGAAAUUACCAGAUAUUGUCAAGUCUCUUUAAACAGAGAUGACCAUUAACGACCGAUAGAUGGAGUUAGUGGAAGCGUCCAAUUUGCCAUUUCUGCAGUCCUGUCUGUUCAUCAAGGUGAGUGUCAUUAGAAGCACCCUUGUUUAGAUUCAGCGUCUAAACUUUCAAAGAGGUCAGUACAUGUGAACAAGCUUCGAUGCUAAAAAUGACAUUUUUUGGGGUAAAAGUGUUGAAAUAUAUCUAAAAUAGCUUAAUCUUUAGUCCUUCUUGUCUUCGUGAAUCACUUCCUCCCCUGUAACAUACAGUAUAUACGCAUAAAAAUACUUAUUUCUUUGUGGAGUUUAUAUAACUAAAGGAACCUUUUAGAUAGAAAAGAAGGAAAGAUAGGUAAGAGGGUAUUAAUGCCGGUCUUCGUAAUUUAUCAAUUGCUUUUCACAUAUAGGUUCUGUUUAGAUUACGUUUUUUCUAUGCAUACAGCAAAAAGAGAUAUUCCCCUGGGAAGACGAUCGAUGAAUUGCUACUUUUUACUGUUCUUUUUCUCAUCCAAAAUCUUUAUCGAAGCUACUAAGCAUCGGCAUGAAAGAUACAAACAAACAAGCUGGAAGCUUCGUAAAGAAAGAUCUUUUACCAGUCAUUAUCCAUCUGGAACUCGUGAAAAGGAUGAUUUUUCAACACUGUCCAGUGAAAGCCGACUGAUACACUAUCUUCUAAAUAAAUAUGCACAAGCUGGUAAUAUGGCUCGUCCAGUCUUCAACUCUUCCAGAGCGGUUGAUGUACAAUUUGCGAUGACUUUGGUUCAAUUAUUAGACUUUGACGAAACUAAACAACUGCUUAUUACUAGUGUUUGGAAGAGCUAUCAAUGGAUUGACGAAAACUUAAGCUGGAAUCCUGCUGAUUAUGACGGCUUGGAAGACAUCAGAUUACCUCCCAGCAUUACAUGGACACCCGAUAUUGUACUUUAUAAUAAUGCUGAUGAACAAUAUAACCGUGAAAUUCAUCAUGAAUUACUUGCUGUCAUGCAUAAUGGACUUGUAAAAUGGAUUCCGUCUGCCAUUUAUAGGUCCUCCUGUCCUGUUAACAUGGCAAAUUUUCCUUUUGAUGUUCAAACUUGUCAUUUUAAAUUCGGCUCUUGGACAUACGAUGGCAAUAAACUAAAUUUACACUUCCUCAAUUCAACUGGACCCAAUAUCGAUUUGAGAGAGUAUGUAAAUAGUAGCGAAUGGGAUAUGCUAUCGUGUGAAGCGAAAAGGUCAAUUCGCUACUAUCCCUGCUGCGGAAGCGAUCCCUAUCCUGAAUUAAUCUAUUCGGUGACUGUCCGACGUAGAACUGCUUUCUAUAUAGUCGUUCUUAUUCUACCCUGCAUUCUACUUUCGUGCCUAACGGUCGUUAUGUUUUGGUUUCCUCCGCAAAGGCCAGAUCGAACUGGAUUAGGAAUGAGCUUGUUUUCGAGCUUUUUCGUACUGUUGUUGAUCUUGGUACAAAGUUCACCACCGACUUCAGCAUCUAUAUCACUGUUAGGUAUAAUAAUAGUCUUAAUGUGAAUAAAAAACUAACAAAAUCCAAAUACUCCAAACACAAGGUAUAUAUUACUGCAUCAAUAUGAUACUAAUCGCACUAUCAACUAUUUUAUCCGCUGUCGUCAUCAAUUUAAAUAAGCAUAAAAAUACCGAAAUAGUUCUUCCUAAAUGCUUACAAACGGUAAGGCAAGAAUAAAAUUGAAGUAAAUCUCUCACUUUCUCUUCCUUCCCAUACUUUAACAUGCCUCAUUUAUUGAACUAAUUAAACCUAACAUUUCAACGUUUCUAUCAUUCGCCCUUAAAGCAGUCGUGGACUAAAAAAUGGAAGCGUGCUAAUGGUGAAUUAGAGAACAAUACAAAACCCUCUCCGACUAUUUGUGAUCAGCCACUAGAUGGAUCUGUAAGUGGUGUAAAAACUCAGGUUGUUCACAUCAAGUUAAAAACCGUUGCAACUUUUUUGGACAGAGUUUUCUUUAUCGUCUAUAUUUUUGUAAUCUUCCUUGCUGCGUUCUUCCUCUUCCCUCAUUAGUAGAUAAAUCAACGAUCUAUUUUUAUCUGACUAAACGUUGUAAAGAGUUUUACAUUCAAUACACCAGACUUUUUAAUUAUAAGGAAAUAC